UCCCUGGGGUGAGGAGAAAUGUGAGGAUGGGAGAGAGGCAACAGUUAAUCUCUGAUCACCCCCCCACCACAACACACACACACACACAGCAGUCAACAAUGCAUUCUGGGAGGAGUGGCGUUUAUAACAUGCAAUGCUCCUCCUCCACCACCACCUGAGUCCCGUCUACACACCCCAGUGCCUCACCCACCUACCCACCCCUCCUUCACAGGUGACGGGGGAGAGGGUUGGGUGGAGGAGAGUGAGGUGGGGCAGUAGGGGACGUGGGAGUGAAACGGCACCAGUUCUACAGUGGAUCUGCAGAAAGAUCAGGGACAUGCACGUAGCAUGUCCAACCUUCUAACUGUUCCUCUCUCCCAGGGGCUGCCUACUGUAGGACAGCUCCUCUGGCUACCCCCUGAGAGGCAGGAGGGGGCCUGGCAGGUGUCAGGUGUGUUGAACAGACGAGGACCAGGCAGGUCUGAUGUGCUACAGCUAAGCUGGAAGACUGGAAUGUUGUGGCUGCUGUUCUCUGAACGUGGUGAUAUCCCUGACGAGGACCCGCUGCGGGCCCUGUGGACAGCUGAUGCUGCUGAGGAGGCUCUGACAUGGGCUGCCUUCCUGUGGACAGCUGAUGCUGCUGAGGAGGCUCUGACAUGGGCUGCCUUCCUGUGGACAGCUGAUGCUGCUGAGGAGGCUCUGACAUGGGCUGCCUCCCUGUGGACAGCUGAUGCUGCUGAGGAGGCUCUGACAUGGGCUGCCUUCCUGUGGACAGCUGAUGCUGCUGAGGAGGCUCUGACAUGGGCUGCCUUCCUGUGGACAGCUGAUGCUGCUGAGGAGGCUCUGACAUGGGCUGCCUUCCUGUGGACAGCUGAUGCUGCUGAGGAGGCUCUGACAUGGGCUGCCUUCCUGUGGACAGCUGAUGCUGCUGAGGAGGCUCUGACAUGGGCUGCCUCCCUGUGGACAGCUGAUGCUGCUGAGGAGGCUCUGACAUGGGCUGCCUCCCCGUGUGCUGGAGGAGUUCUCAUCCUGAGAGGUGGGACGAUGAGAGGCCCCAGGGAAACAGGGCCAGGGGUGUAGUUGACCUGACGGUGCUGUAGGACGGCACAGGGUACUACCAGCUGUAGUAGGGUCAGCGGAGGUAAGAUGAGGUUUGGGAGAUGACAGGGAAGGGAGGUGCUUGGCUGGGCUAGUCUGGUGUACAUGUUUACAUGUCUGCAAGUGAAUGAGCCUUCAAUCUGGACAGACUGGUCUGCUUGAGCGUUCGGGGGUGAGUAUGGAUGGAUCUGAGAUGGAGAUUUGAGGGAGGAGGAGGAGAAGGAGGAGGUAGGGGCCCUGGGAAGACCCCCGGAGGUUAACGGUCAGUUCAUUUAAGAGAAAAGGGGGGGAGUGAGAGAUAGAGAAAG